AUGGGAGAAAACGUUGCUAAAAGUGGUGAACGUAGUGUUAGUGUAGAUAUUCCUGCAGACUUUAAAGUCGCUUUGCCACCAAGGAAAAGAGCAAAGACACAGGAAGAAAAGGAACAGAGAAGAAUCGAAAGAAUACUGAGAAACCGUAAGGCAGCUCACCACAGUAGAGAAAAAAAGAGACUCCAUCUACAAGUGCUAGAACACAAGUGUCACGUGAUGGAGCAGAUUCUCGGCAAGAUUGGUAAUAUAGAGAAACUGGUUGGCGACGACGAGGCUGGGAUUGCUCUUCUCAGGGAGUACGAAAACAUGUCCGAUGAGUGCUCUACCCCCAGAAGCAGUUAUUCGCCAACGAAUGCGGUGAAACAGAGUGAGGUGGGUGUUGGGCUGGACGUCGACAUGAAUGUCAACAUGAACGAUGUCAUUACUCCAGCUCAACAGCAAAAGGAAGACGGUGAUUUUCUAACGGCAGGCCACUCUAGUUCUGAAUCCAGCUCUAGUUUCUCUCCGAACAUGGCUCUAACGCCAAUCAGCUUCGUUAAGGACGAAGCUGAUGCGAAAAAUUGGGACCUACUUCUCACAAAUGAGAAUAAUACACAUGCGGAAGUAGCGGAUCCAAGAUCUGUGAGUACAAACAACGAAACGAACAAUGCAAUGGCAUCACGAGAAGAUAAUAGUCUGUUUCCCCAACUGUGGCUCCCCUUUGAUGGAACUGAAGAGAGUUCAUUUGAGCUUGAUGAUUGGCGUAAUCCAGCAGUGAUUACAGCUACUACAUGCAUCUAG